UCGACUCUGAACGGCAAGCACAAUAAAUGAGUCCUACUUCCAAAUAUUAAUAAUCACUGUUCAUUACUGUUUUCCAUACUUGAGAGCGCAGAUUUAUAGUUUGAACACCCUGUUCUGCUUCCACAUCUUCUAUCAUCGGUUUUGGAGUGCACACGGAUUGGUGAAAGUAGCUAAAUCCCCUCCCAGAUUCGGUUUGGCGCUGGAAAAGGUGUAGGAUCAUGUAUCAAUUUCCAGUCAGAGGGUUGGAGAAGAUCCGCAGAACAAGAAAAAAAGUGAAAAACAUUCUUGGAGAAUUUGGACUUGAAGAAUGUCUUAGUUAUGCCAAGGAUCUCCAGGAAUUCUACCCAGGCGACAAUGUUUUUGAUGCCACAGACUGGUGCGAUUUAUCUGAUGGGUUCGAUGGGCGGUGGAUAAAGAAGUGGGAGUAUCGGACACGAGGAUUGUGCUGCAGCUUAUGUGAGUUCUCUGCAAGGUCCUGGCAUGCCUACAGAAACCAUGUUCAGCGUUACCACGAUGAAGAAGAGCGUCUAUGCAAGCUUUCGUCAUGUACUUCCUGCCCGUUUAUUGCCCACCCCAGGGUGGUUUCCAAGCACUGCAAAUUGUUCCACGUCGAGGACCCAAAGUUAGAAUCUGGUGCAGUCCCCCAACUGCCUGCAAGAGCUGUGAGCGGCACCACGUUUCAGUGUCGAAGAUGUCAUUUGCAAGACACUCUCUUGUACAGUGUGAAAAAGCAUGUUCUCCUUUAUCACUACACCUCCACAUUGAACAAAUAUGCUGGGCAGAGAUCGGCGAGGGAACUUGGUGCCUUGGGAGAUAUUUCUCAGAAAUUCUACUGCAAGAAGUGUUAUGUAUCAGCAGAGACAUCUGAACACCUACUGUAUCAUCUUCUAACCUCAGAAAAGCACAAGGAGCUGGAUGUGCAUAUCAGAUCUCUAAUUUUUGAAACUGAAAGUAAGAAACAAUACCCUGUUCUAGCACCGAAAGCCCACAGCACUUCUGCUGUCAUAAUGAUGAAAGAUCAGCCAGCAGUAACUGGUACACUGGCUGCUGGUGGAAUCAAAAGAGUAGAAAAUGGUGGCUCUGCUAUCAUUUCUGCCUCUGGAACCAACCAACCAUUUCUUCCCACUCAAGCUUCUGCCCUGGUUCAGCUUGCAAGUGCUGAGGCGAAGGGCUUACUGAGGCCUGGAGUACCAAUGGCUUUUCAGAACACCCAAAUUGGGAGACCUUUAUCUGCUGCUGCUCCUCCUGCAGCUCCCCACCAGAUGUCCGUUAGAGUAGGCCUCCCUGGUCAGCCACAGUUGCAACCUAUAUCCCGCCAAAUUGUCCUACCACCAGGUGUGCGCCUUAAUGUACCUACUAUUAGGCCACCAGCUCCUCAAUCCGUACUUGUUAAUCCAAGAUUACCCCAACCGAGCCCAGGAGGCACCAUGAUGACUUCCCAGUCCCUUCUGAGUCAUUUAAUCCCAACAGGCAACAAAGUCGAUGGCUUACCCACCUACACUUUUGCACCUUUGCAGGUCUUAUCAGUCCAGUCAAAUAACUCCCAAGGAGUCAGCAAAGCACCGUUGCCUGUGUCUCAGAACAACCCAGCUACUCAGCAGAACAAGCAAAACAGUGCCCUGCCAGUCCCCAAGCAAACCAAGAAAUGGAUCACCUGCCCUAUCUGUAAUGAACUCUUCCCAUCUGAUAUCUACGAGUCCCAUCCAGAGGUUCACAAAGAAUCAUCAAAUAAGCCCAAGCUCGGCCUGGCUGCCCGUGCUCCUUUCUUGAAAAAGAUGCCAGACAAGACGGUUAAAUGCCUGACUUGCAAGAUCUUGAUAUCGGAAAGGGGUGUUUUCGAACAUCUGCUUCAUGGGAUGCUCUGUUUGUUUUGUACGGGGAUUUUCUACUCCAUCAAGCAGCUUGUUGACCACAUACAGAUGGAACAUAAUCAGACCCAAAAGAGCAACUGUGACUUCAUGCGACGAGAAUACCGACUUUACACCGAUGAGGCAGGGAAUCUGCUUUUCCCGUAUUUUGACAUUAGGACCACGGCUCCUAAAAUAAUAAUGGGCGAUAAAGAACUCAAUCUUGCGUUGGUCACCAGCUCCCUCGAUCUGAUCUUUUUGAAGAUGUUGCCCAACAAUCCUCAGGCUGUUUGCAAGACGCCCAUACCAUCCAAAAUGUCCACACCCAAGCCUGAUAACACAGAGUGCCCCUUCUGCUCCGAGAAGUUUCUGAACAAGGAAGCCUAUCAAAUGCACCUCAAAGAAAAGCACUUCAUUGUGCCCACUCUGCAUGCUAUACUUAAAACCCCAUCGUACAGAUGCCUCUACUGUGGUGGUGUAUACACUGGGAAGACUACUACUAAGGCCAUUAUUGUCCACUUGGGUAAAUGUCGCAGUGCACCUAAGAGUCUCAAGGUUGCUGAAAAAAUGAGUUCUGGAUUAGCUGUUACUCCCAAAGCGAACAGUGCAUAUGUGUCAUACCCAGCCCAUCCUAAACAGAUCACUGGUCCAACUCCAACUUCAGUCCAAGCCUCUGUUCCUGCCAUAAAAACACCAGAAACGGAAGCAGAGUUACAGAGCCAGCUACGGCUGGAAAUAGCCUUUCGAGAAGCUAUGGAGGCAAAUAAGAGAGAGAGAGAAGAACGGUUGGCAAGGAAGAGAAAGCUAGAAAAAGAUAGGUUGGCUGGCCUGAUUCCCCCUUCACCUGAAAUAAUCAUCGAUCCCUCUGUGACCUUUGCAAUAGAUCCUUCCGGAAUGGAGGUGCGCUCCUUUGAAGAACGUCGUGAGUUUGUCAACAAGUACUUCAAUACGCAGCCUUACCCACUCAAGAAGGAGAUAGUUGCCCUGAGUAGCCGUUUACUUCUUAACAAAACUGAUGUUGCUUGCCAGUUUGGUGGAAAACGUACCAGGUGUAUGAAGAAUAUGCAGAAAACCAAGGCUGUAGUACUAUUAGGCUUUAAUAUGACAGAGCUGAUGAAAGUCCAGCAUGAUCUUUUUAUCCCAGAGAUAGAGCCGGAGAAGAUGGUCACUGAGACAGAAGAAGCAGAAACGGUGAAAGAAGCAGAAACAGUGAAAGAAGCAGAAAUGGUGACCGAAGCAGAAAUGGAGCAAGAGUAGCUUCCCAAUUGUAGUAAAGAUAAGGGAGGGACUUACAAUGCAAAUUUUAUCAAGAGCAUAAACAGUAGUGUUCCUUGAAACAAUGCAAAGUAUGUACAAUUCACACUGAAUCUAGUUAACCGAGUAGAAACAAGAGUUUGAAACAAGCAGAAAAUGUGUUUGAGUUCACCUGCUGUUCAUUAAUGUGUGUGUGUAAACUUUUAAACGUGUUUUUUUCCUUUUCAUAUUAAACCUUUUAAAGGAUACACCCAUUACUUUUCAAUGAGGCAUUGCUUCAUGCAAGAUUCAUUAACUUAAAAGUAACAUUUGUUUUUUUUGUAGCCCUUUCAUAGUUCUAGGGUUUGAAACUUUGAUAUUUGUGCGGUUAUACCUUUCUUGUAUGUCAAACCUAUUUUUUAUUUUAUUUUUUUAAAUGGCAUUUUCCAUAUAUAUUUGUUGUUACUUAAGCAUUUAUGAAGUUUUCCAUUUUCAUGUAUCUUCCUGUUAAUCACUUCCUUGUAUUGUCAAAUUGAUUUCUAUCCUGCUUGCCUUUAUUCUUAUCUAAAUCUGGUAUUCAAAUUGUUUUGAUUCAGAUUUUGGCCAAAACUUAUUCCUCAGUCUAGUACGAAUGAAUGCUACAUGCAGUGACAUUCCCAACAAAUAAUGCUUACUGAAGUGUGGAGCCUUGUGAAAGGAUUUGAUUUGUUAUAGUAUAUCUUAACUGUAUCUGUAUUUAGUAGACUAUUAGUUUUGUGUUUUAUUUUCCCAUUUCAAUAUUGAGUAUAAUAAAUGCCAAAUCCAAGCUUACACAAUGAAAGGGUGAAUAAAUAAAUUGCUGCAUAAACUGUA